AUGGGAUACAGCUCGCACUCCCCUCUGGCCAGAACCCAGCCCGUGCUGAGCCUCGCGGUGACUGCCAGGAUGGCCGUGGAGGAGCACGGCGCCGAGGAGCGCCUGCCGGAGGAGCACCACCUCUACUACCAGGACACCCUGUUCCCCAACUCCACGCUCAUCCCCGUCACCAUCAUCUGCAUCCUGCUCUUCCUGGUGGGCGUGACCGGCAACACCAUGACCAUCCUCAUCAUCCAGCGCUUCAAGGAUAUGAAGACCACCACCAACCUCUACCUGUCCAGCAUGGCCGUGUCCGACCUGGUCAUCUUCCUCAGCCUGCCGUUCCACCUGUACCGGCUGUGGAGGUACGUGCCCUGGGUGUUCGGCGACCUGCUCUGCCGGGGGCUGCACUACAUCAACGAGGGCUGCACCUACGCCACCAUCCUGCACAUCACCGCCCUCAGCGUGGAGCGCUACCUGGCCAUCUGCUUCCCGCUCAAGGCCAAGGCACUGGUGACCAAGCGGCGGGUGCGCUACGUGAUCCUGGCGCUGUGGGCCUUCGCCCUGCUCUCGGCGGGGCCCAUGCUCGUCCUGGUCGGGGUGGAGUACGAGAACGGCACCCACCCGGACGGCAGCGGGGCUCAGUGCAAGCACACAAGCUACGGCGUCUCCUCGGGGCUCCUGCACACCAUGAUCUGGGUGUCCACCGUCUACUUCUUCUGCCCCAUGCUGUGCCUCACCUUCCUCUACGGCUCCAUCGGGAGGAAGCUGUGGAGGAGCCGCAACGAGCUGCGGGGCCCCAGCGCCACCGGGCGGGAGAGGGCGCACAGGCAGACCGUCCGGAUUCUGGCGGUUGUGGUGCUGGCCUUCGCGGUCUGCUGGCUGCCCUUCCACAUCGGCAGGAACCUCUUCACCCACUCGGACGACUACUCCGAGGCCGAGCUGAGCCAGAACUUCAACGUGGCCUCCAUGGUGCUCUUCUACCUGAGUGCCUCCAUCAACCCGGUCCUCUACAACCUCAUGUCCCGCAAGUACCGGGCCGCCGCCCGCCGGCUCCUCCCCCUGGGUGCCCGCAAGCGGCCUUGCCCCGCCCCGAGGCAGCUCCCGACGAGAGAGGAUGUUCCCGGAUCCACUAAGACCUUCACUGGAGUGUAG